CUUUGCUUCUCUGACACUCCAGUUCUUUGAGCUGCUUUGGUGGGAUUGACUUUUUUUUAAAAACCACCCGUGAACAUCCCAAGUUAAAGUGAGCACUAGGUCCACAGGACUCUGAACUGAGCCAUGUGAAUAAGACUCUUGUUUUCCCUUUCAGUCCUGGUUUCUAUCCAUGCAGUUACUCUAGGAGGAAUUGGGCGCUAAGAAGCUGGUGAGCUACUGGUUGGCUCGUGAGCUGUCCACGUUCAGAAACUUCCUUUCUCGCUGGUUAAUGCAGCCCAGAGCUGUGCCUGUCUCCCUCCACUGGACCCCGCAGCCCUCUGCAUCCCUGGGAGCGGCAGGUAACGAACACCUCUCACUGGCUAAUGGUUUGAGCCACUCUUCCUGGGCGGGGAGGUGGGGCUGCUUGCCAGCCACCAGAGUGAAGCACCUGUGCUGCAUGCACCUCGGGCAGUAAUUGUUGCCGAGCACAGGCACCCCCCUCCCCACUCCGGCUCCUGCAGGGCGAUCACGGCUGCGGAGAGCAGACAGGCAGGGUUCUGUUGGUGUGAGCGCCUCCCUGGCUGAAGAUGGCCAGUUGGGAAUGCCGGGUUGCUCCAGGCCGAGGCUUCCUCCUGCUCUGCAUUUUGACUCUGCAUCUUAGCUCUUGGAAUCCCCUUGGAUCAGCAGAGACGAGCCCUCCUCCUGCCGUGUCUUUCUUCGACACCACCCCCUCUGUUCCAGAGAUUUCCCCUAUUUCCAGCACAUGUAUGGUCUCCAACUACUCUGCGAAUGGGACAGAAGACACACCUAUCACCUGCCAGAGUUUUCAGUGCUCUGGAGAGAGAUGCUACCAGGAGGAAGCUUAUGCCAAUGACACCGCGACCUGCCACAAUGAGUCUCACUGUGAGCUCUAUCGUCUCAACAGCACAAACUACACAGCCAAGUGCAGCAGCGAGUGUGGGAGCGGGAACGGCACCGAGAUGUGUGUGACCAACGGCAGCGUGAGCAUGAGCAAGUGCAUCCUGGAGUGCUGCAACUCGUCCCAGUGCCUGCAACUCAAUGCCACCACCUACGGUGACUUGCCGCCCACCACCACUCCAGCUCCCACAACUACCACCAGGAAGCCCCCUCCCAGGAAUGGGAAAGUGUGCACAACCUUCUCCUGUAAGGGAGCUGGAUGCUUCAAAGGCCAGAAGUCUGUUGCUGAAUGCAUCGUUGGAUACAACUUCUGUGAGAUGAAGAAGACUGGCUCAAAUUACGUGGCUGGAUGUAGCAAAGUCUGCAAGACCGCCAGCCCAGUCUGUGCCAGAGGAGCAGCUGCCCUCUGUUACCAGGAAUGCUGCCAAGCUACCCCUAAAACUAGCUGCCUGAAACUGGAUGGCAACGUGCACUUCAAUGGCGCUGGGCAGGUGGCUCUGGCCCCACUCCUGAAACUCCUGGCCUGUGGUGUGGGUCUUGUCAUGCAUUACAGUCUCUCCACUUUCCUUCAGGGUUAAGCAAUGACCCUCUGAGCUCCAUAGGCUGACUAGGGAAGGAUUCAGGGGCAUACACUAUAUUGGCGAAAACUGGCACAAGAUCUAGGGUUUCUGUACCUCUUAAAUUCAGCUAAGGCUGGCUAGAAAAUUCCAUCUAUUGAAUCAGCAUCACAGGAAGGGAGGUCGCUGGAAACCGCAGGCCUUCUCCUCUCUGUGCGGGCCUGGCUAGCCCCACGGAAGUUAGUGGCUAGCACCCAUGGGUGUUUGUGAAAUACAGACCCCAGCGAGUGCAGCUGACUGAACCUGUAGAGUGUGUCUACGUUGCAGUAAAACACCACUGCUGGCCCCUGUCAGAUGACUCUGGGAGGUGGGAGGGUCCUAGAGCCUGGGCUUCAGCCUAAGCCCAGUCUCUACACUGAAUUUUACAGUCCCGCACCUUGAGUCCCACGAGCCUGAGUCAGCUGACACGGACCAGCCACAGGUGUCCUACUGCAGUGUAGACAGACCCUUAGUCUCUCCCAUGUGAAUUCUCCAAUUUGAUCCAGGGGAGGGUGGAAACUAGUGGCCAUGGGGAUGGAUGUGGGGCUCCCGGACCUGGGGAGAGGGGAGGCAUUGUGCCACAUGCUUCCUUCUAGCCACAGGAGUGAUGUCAGCUGCUCGCUGGACUGACUCCUGGGUGCGCUGUCUGUGCAGAACGGAUUAGGAGCUGGCUAGCUGCUGAGGGGCAGCCCACAGUGAAACCCCCUCCCUUCUGAGUGCCAGCACCUCUUCCUGACUCUUGGGGGUGAAGAGGGCAAGCUCCAGCCACUAGGGGACUCUGUGAAUUACUCUGCCACCGUUCACGCCUCUUGUUUGUAUGUAAAGCAGCUGUCUGUGUAGCGGGGACGGUGUCUGAGUGAAAUCACAGUCCUCUGCUGCACACACACCCCAGCCCUCCCCCAUGGAAGGAAAACACUGUAAUGGGAGUAUCCGAGCAGGGAGAGCUUUCCAUUAUGCUAAGGUGCCUCUGCUAACCAAGGGAACAUGCUGCUAGAGGGGGCAAGGCAGGACUUGGGGCUGGUCUACACUGGGCACUUACACUGGCAUAGCUACGUCUCACAGGGAUGUGAAAAACACCUCUGGGAGAUGUAGCUCUGCCGACUUAACCCCUGUGUAGAAAAUGCUAGGUCGAUGGAACAGUCCUUCCCUCAACCAUAACUGCUGUCUCUCGGGGAGGUGGAGAACCCCUCCCGUUGGCAUAGGUAGUGUCUGCACUGAAGUGCUACAGUGGAGCUGCUGCAGUUUAAGUGUAGACACACCCUUGGAUUCCUAACCCAAGAGCUGCCCUGGCCAGUAAACCAACUGGCCUGAGCUGUUGGCUGAAAUCAUUGGCAUCUUCCUAACGGCCAAGUUUGUAGAACCUCCUGUCUUAACAUCUCCUGAGGCUAGGCCAGUCUCCCAGCAUCCUGGUAAACCCUGCCCCACAUCAGGGACUAAUCAAUGGCCCCACUGACCCCUGAAGGUGGUAGUUCCCUGGUUCCCCUAGCUGUACGUAUUCACCACCCUCCAUAGGCCAGAGAGCACAAAUCUGACCUUGACUUGGUCUGAGGUGGCAGCCCCGCUGCUGACAGUCACUGGCCCAGCUGACUUGAAUGUUGGCUGGUAUUAGUGUAUCUGAUUCUUUGAUUGAUUGAAGUCAGCUCGUUCGAGUAGUUCUGAAUAGCAAUAGGUUGCUGUUUCCAAGUACCAUGCACGACCUCUAAGCCUUAUUUUAACUUUCACGGUUCGUUUCUUUUUGGAAUCUUAUGUUUUUAAUGAACCUUAAACCCCCAUGAUUGUGCCUCUCCCUGUGAAAUCCAAAGGGGAACAGAGCAGACACACAGCCUGUGCAUUAAGCAGGCUGCAAAGCUGUCCACUUCCCUGCCAAAAACCCGUAGGACUGUGUGACUUCAAACAAAGUGAAGCAUCCUGGGGCUACGGCCGUGUGACUUUACUAAUCUGAGAUUUUGGAUUACCUGGAAUGAAUGACAUCCUGCAUGGGCGGUGCGGAUAAUAAGCUGGGGAAUGCUGUGCCUCUCCAACAUCCCCGUGUGGCCCUGCCCAUGCUCUGCCCUGGGACCCCCUCCUGCUGCUAGUUGGCCCCAGCUCAGGCAGGCUGCUGCUCUUCUGGGAAGUCCGCUGGGGUAAGGCAGCUGGGACUUGGGGUGUCUGGGGCCACCCAGCUCUGGCAGCCUGAAGGGGUGGGCCAGGUCAGGGGCUAUCCUCCCCGAGACCUGUGGUUCACCCACUGCCCAUGCAUCUAGCUAUAAGAAUGACGGGGUGGAAGAAGCCUCUGAAAGGGCAGAAAAUCCUGCCAGAAAUCCAGGCACAAGCAAAGUCCACCUGGGGUAGUGACCUGCUUGUAAUGUAGCUUUUCUAAGCAUUGACCUCAAUAACUAGCUUAUAACCACCCUGAUGAUGGAAUGUCUCCUGCCUGGCUGGGCUGAAUCAGGAACACCAUAUUUCUUCUCUAGAAUCUUACCCAAGGAAACAGCGUUCCUCCAAAAGUGGCACAUAUGUCUUAGGAGCCUGUUUGCCAGUCCCGGAGCCUUUACUGUCUAAAGGGUGACUAAUAAAAGUAGAACCAGGAUCCUAAGGGACUGUUCAUUCUAGCCAUGUUUUUAAUCCGGGAUUAGUCUGUGUCUAAAAGAAUCUGCUGCGACCAAUUGUUGCACCAAAUGUAGCUGAUACUGAUUAAGUGACUGAAUUAUGUUUGCUGGAAACCACAAGGCAGAGAUUGCUGAUAGCUGAUGAUAGAUAUGAGCUCUGUUGUGACUGUUGUACUCUGUUGUUCUGUUUUCAGAAUCUGUCCUUUGAAGAGGCGUUAUAAAUAAAUAUAUUUAUCAACC